AUGUUGAAGACUGCUAAUGGGCACAUGCGUCCUUCUUCACCAUUGUUGGAUUCAGUCCGUGAUCAAUUUGAAGACUAUGAUCAGUUAGCGAAAGAUUUUACUCGCGUAUUUUUAAAUGAUGAACCAUCGUGCCUAACAAAUGCUCACCUAUUCGACGUUGUGUUUUUUGUUGGUCAAUCAAAACAAAAAGCCCGUUUCAUCGGUGUUCGAGCGAUAUUGGGGGUCAGAAGUCGUGUGUUUCAAGAAAUGCUUUAUGGUAUUCAGACUGGUUUCGGGUCACCACAAAUUCCAGUUGCCGAAAUAUUUGCGAGACCAGCGCCUUCACUAGUUUCACCACAAAAUCAAAAACCUAAAAGCAACAAUUAUCUAACUGUGCCAGAUUCUGAUUCAAUUCGACCAAAAAGUGUACCUUCCUCUCCAAUGGUGAAACGUGCUUUUUCACGCUUAGGAACGAUCACUGCUGGCUGGGGUCGGUCAAUACGUAACAAGAAUACAAACCAACUUAACCCAGAUGAUAAAAAAAAAUGGAUUUCUUCAACGGAUUGCUCUAACAGGGAUAGCAAAGAAAAAGACAAGGAUAAACCUGGCAAUAAUCAACUCACGGUACCGCGGCUUUCCGUAUGUGCAGAUGCCCAAAAAGUCGAUCGUGCGAAACUAGCUCAAACAGAGUUUAACAUUAUAGAAUUUGAUCCAGAUACUUUCCGUGUAUUAUUGGACUAUUUACAUACGGGAACUUGUCCGCUAACGUGUGUCUCAAUACCGGAACUAGACCGCUUGGGAAAGAGUAAUCUUGCUAUCAAUUCAAUAACAUCCUUGUCAGCUAUAGCCAGACAAGGGUCCCUUCCUGAGGUUGCGCCUGAUCACUUUCGCCAGCAAACGGACAGCGUUGGUGACUCGUCGUCCAUUUCUCCAUCAGGUAUGGCCAAAUGGAUGACUAGUUAA